GUGUUCACCGCCAGAUCCUCUUCACUACCGUGGGAUGGUUUGUUGGCUAUUACCUGACUAAACGUAUGGAGUACAUGCAUGCCAAACUGGACAGAGAGUUGUUUGAGUAUGUCAGGCAGCACCCGGAGGACUUUAAGACAGCAGAAAAGAGAAGAAUAGGAGAGCUUUUGGAGGACUUCCACCCAGUUCGCUGA